AGGAAAUUAGUAAGAGUUAAUCUCUAACCAAAUUAAUUAAGAAGAAGAGAGGCAACAAUGGGGUUUGAACGAUCAUGCUUCUUCUUGUUUCUCUUCUUCUUUGUUGGCUUGGUUUCCUCUUCCCCAUCCUUCAUCAAAUACGACGUGCUUGAGUCUCACGUGCAGGGCCGUGGCCUUCUUCAACAAUAUUUAGUCAAGGAUAAUUGUCCCAUUAAUUUUGAGAAGGAAGACUACAAACCCCUUACGAGCCAAUGCAAAGGACCUCAAUACAAUGCAGCAAUAUGUUGCAAUGCAUUCAAGAUAGUAGCAUGCAAACACACAAACGAGAUAAAUGAUGUGGACAAUGGCUGUGCGGAUAGUAUGUUUUAUUACAUUAAUCUAAAUGGAAAAUACCCAAUUGGUCUUUUUGCUAAUAUUUGCAAGGAAGAUGAAGAAGGUUUAGACUGCAACAAUAUCAAGAGCCCUGCUGCUGUAAGACAAAGUGUUCGUUCCAGAAUUGGUAACAGACGUUUCACAGGUGGUAAAAAUUAGGCAUGAAAAAAUUGUUAAGUAUUUUAUUAAUUGAUUUGGAAUAAUAUUAAAUUCAAAAGUCUUGUAUGUACAUUAUAUUAUUCUAUUGUUGUGUAACCUCUCAUUCAUUUUGUGAUACAAAUUUUGUACCAAGUAUAUUUGGGAUGUUUGCAAAGACUAUUAUGAAUAAGAUGCAUUUUUCUUUCAAUUAA